AUGUUCAAGGUACAACCCAAAGGUAAAGGUAAAGACAAAAUCCGAAUGGAUCUUGAGGAUGAGGACAAGGGUGGAAACCAUGCCUACGUCAAAAUUCACGUUUGCCAGGCUUCGUAUGGAGACUGUUUGGCACUUGAGUUUGACGAAAAUGCCUCUAGCGAGGCAUCCGUUGGAUUAAAAGUAGUUGAAAAUACCCCAUUGAUCAAUGUUCCGAAUCCGCUCCUGAACCCCCAGGGUCAGAAAGACGCGGUUAUAGGCACUGGAUCAGAUAUGACGAUGGUCGAAGAAAAGGGGAAGAAAAAGGUGACCAAAAGCAGUAAAACGGACAUGACUAUGGUGGUAGAAAAUGGCAAGAAAGACACGGGUAUAGGUGGUGAAUCGGAUAUGACGAUGGUCGAAGAAAAGGGCAAGAAAAAAGUGACGAAGGGCAGUAAGACAGACAUGACUAUGGUGGUAGAAAAGGGUAAGAAAGACGUGGUCACAGGGACUGGAACGGACAAGAAGAUGGUCGAAGAAAAGGAGAAGAAAAAGGUGGUGAAGGACCCCACCCAGAUAAAACUUAUACAAGAUUCUACAUUGGAGAAGCAUCGAAAAAAGGGCAAGACACGCAAGGUUAUUCUCAUUGAUGGAGGCCCAGGCAAUUACCAAAUUCAUGGAACCAGAGUACCCCCAACGACACCACUAGCUGUGAGUGGACUUUGGCAAAAGGUUAACAUGUAUGCCAUGCUUAAUACGCUCGUUCCAAAAGGAAGCCCAAAUACAUUGGACACUCUGGUGAUAACGCAUGAUGAUGCCGACCAUAUAAACGGUAUUCAUCAAUUGAUGAUGAGCAUGGCCGAUAGGUCGGGGGCAGGCCAUCCGGACUUUCAAUUUGCUCGAGGCGUAGAAGCGCUUGAGGACAAAAAGCCACCUUUCAACAACAUAUGGUACAAUUCUCCAACCCUUCUAUUCAAAAACAAUCGUGCGAAAGGGUGGUUGGACCAGGACAUUGAAACCUUGGAAGCAAAGUGGAACGUGAAAAUGCCUAGAUGCAAUGCAGAGUUUGGGAAAAUUCCUAACGAAAUCCCUGCAUUCAACAAAGUAAUUGGUGGAGAGGACGCCAAAACGCUUCUAUUCAAAGGUAAGACCGAGCGGGGACGUCUUCAAUUUCAAUUCUUAUCUCCAAACUACAAUCAGGUCUAUAAUUUGAAGAAAUUAUAUGAGGAAGGGAAGAAAACGGAGAAAAAGUCUAGAGAAGAAAAAGUUGAUAAACCUUCAAACAGUGGUAAAGGUUCAAAAGGGGGCACGAGUUCAAAAGGGGACAAAGACAGAGGUCGAAGAGGGGAGAAAGACAGAAGUCCAAGAAGGGACAAAGACAAAGGUCUUAAAGGGGGACGAGGUUAUUCAAAGGGUGGAAAGCCAAAAAUGUACGAUGACUCUGAGGAUGAGGAGCCCGAUGACGGCAAAGGCAGGAACAUUAAAGCAGAAAAAGCAAAGGCAAGCAUGGCUCGCAUGGCUCGCAAACAAAUUUUACAAGGUAUCGAGUGGGAAGGACUACCUUCAGCAAAUGGAAAUGCUCCCAUCUAUUCAGCGACUGGUGUUGCUGAGGAGGUACGCCUCAGCGAAGAGCAUGAAAAUUUGAUUGCUGAGCGCAUUACCGGAAAUCCAAGAGAUUCGAGCGCGAAAAAUCAAUCAUCUCUUGUUUUCGUUGUGAGAGAUAAGGCUAAUAAAUUCAGCGCCGCCUUUACGGGCGAUGGAAACGCCACAGCGUCGUUCCUACAAAUGUGGGAUGGUCCUCCCAUUCGCUACAAUGUUCUGAAAAGUAAGGGCCAAAUACAAAACAAAACCUGUGAUGAGCAUAUGGCCGCAGAUAGACUGACAACUUUCAUGCAGUCAUGCACCACGGGAGUCAGCACAACAACUGUAGGUACUCCAUUCUUGGCCUGUACCAACAGGCUGAUUAAUCCGGCUAUCGUAGGUUGGAGUACCUCCAAAGUCAACAGAAGGAUCAAAACUCGUGGAACCGCUUUCAAGAAGCAAAUGGCAUAUAUAGAAUCAAACAAACCCUUAUGGUCCAAGGUCCCCAAGAUCUGCACUAAAGACAAACAGGUGCAAAUCUCCUCGGCUGCCACAGAGGGCCACCGCAAUCCCCACCUGAGCACGUUAGCGGGCAUAAUAACUCGUGCAAUUGUUUGCCAGGAGGAAAACGGAAUUGACAUCUACCUAACGUCUCAGGUUUUGACGGAGCAAAUUGAAGGAUUCAUGCGCAAUUUCGGUGAAUUGCCAGCUGACUUAGAACUUGAGCUUCAAGAUAUCACCAAUGAAGAAGCUCUCAAUGCGGCCAGGAUGAUGAAGCCUAAAGAAGGCGAACUAAAGCUUUUCUGGGAUGAAGAUGGUUCCUACUAUCGCAUAUGGCAGCUUAGACCAAAUAUUGACCCAAAAUUUGGGACAAUAAUACUCGACCCGUGGAACAAAACUUACGACCCCAAUCCCGCAUGGCAAGCGGUGUCGUUCACUGAGCAAUUUUGGAUUGAAUUUCACGAACAGAAUUUCACUACCAAGGUCCGAACUACCGUUGGUGGUGUUGACAAAAGGCCAAUGGUGAAAAAAAUGAAAGAAAAAAGGGAGGAGAGGAAGAAGAGGAAAGAGGAAGUGAAGGAGGAAAAAGCGGAAAAGAAGAAGCAGGAAAUCGAAAAGAAAAAGGAAGAAUCGAAAAAAAGGCCAGCUGGCAAAACCUUGAAAGAUAAACCCACAACUAAACCUGGCAGGAAAACCAAUACCCUCAUUACCAAAAAAAACGAUUCUGAGGACGAAUUCUUCACUCUUCAGGCAGACGAUUCCAUAUUCCUAGACGAACCUGUGUCCAAUGAUCAGGUAUCCAUCAUGAACAAUUCAGCGGACCCAGAACCAACCCAGAGCCAAGUUGAUAUUCAAAUGGAGAAGGUGUUAAAGAAAGCAGUUGGAGUUGAAGGGCUAUUGUCCCCUGAUACUUUUACUAAAUUUGACAUCAAAGCGUCACGGUUGAUCUCUGAAGGCCUUACUGCAUUCCAGGUUAUUGUGGACUACCUUUGGUUUCCAGACACAGAAUCUAGUGUCGACUUUCAUAUACGUUAUGCGAAUGAUGAAUUUGUUGCGGACGGCUACAAAAUGACGCUUAAGAACCUUUGGAGUACCAUCCCGAGAGGACUUAGUACCAUUGAUGCUUUGGCAGCAUCGAUAAUGCUGCCUGGAAAGGACUCUUCUAUCAAGAUUGAUGAUUUUCUGAGUAUCCAUGACUGCGGUCUUGUGGUAGAGAGGACGUCACCCAUAAUAAAUGACCUCCAUUUGAAGUCCAUUUUCGGAACAGCCUCGUUCAGCGAUGAGAAAUCUUUCCAGCCAUUUGGGGAUAUCAUUACAUUGAGACUGCUAACCAUCAGACUGCAAAUUGGUAAUCUCUUCUCUAUUACACCUCUCAAAGUAUUUGUUCGCAUCCAAGAAAAUAUUUCCAUUAAGGAUGUGUUGGUACCAGUUGUAUUUGAAACCAGAAGAAGCCGAGGAGGUGACCAGACGAUUUACCAACUUUCUUACAUCGCUGCUGCUGCCGGCCAAGGUUUAACGCCAGCCCAAAUACUCGAUUGGCUUAGCCCUGGAGACUUAGACCUCUCAGCCAUACCUGGCCUGAAAAAGUUGAUGAAAUCCGUGCAAAUUUUGUCUUUAACACUUGGAUGGCACGGCAGCACUUCUAACAAGUCUUUCUCUGCUAAACCAGACUUUAUUGAGAUUACCAUCGAGCUUGAUCAACUUAAACUUGUUCCAGACAUAUUAUCUGUUGAGAGGGCAAUUUUAGAACUUCGCCUAGACCGAGCAGCUUCUGGAUAUGACCUCUCAUUGACAAGUCAUGCUGAAAUCACAAUUGGACAGUGUGCGGUCGAAUUUUUCAUUGCCUACGGCGAUCGACCAGAGUGGUUUAACGUGUACGGAGACGAUGAUAUCCCUGGUCAUCUUAAACUCUCAUUGAAUACUACCUACUCUGGAUCGUUAUCAUUGUCGAAUAUUUUGGGACAUUUUAUGCCUAACGUCCAAUGUCUUCCUCCAGCAUUCCAGACCUUAUUAACAAAGACCGGCAUCACAAAGUUCAGAUUGGGGGUAGAAGAGAAUGAUUCCGGACAUAAUUCUAUCUCGAUGUUGGACAUCGAGAUUGUUCUUGAAGAGGACGACAUAACUGUUUUUGAAGGGCUUAGUAUUAGCAGACCACAGUUCAACUUACGCAUUGACUAUCCAAGUGAUAAAGAUCGAAGAACUAUCAAUGCAUCCAUAAGUGUUACGACGACAAUUCACGAUGAAGACAUCAAGGCCACCAUCUGGCUUGACUCUGGGGAAGACACCAUUGUCGGAGUGACGCUUUUCCCGACGGACAAUGAUAUCCCCUUGGGUGAUAUCAUCACAUUCUUUGGGCAAAAACUGUCUGAAUGUUUAAACCUACCUACCCCCAAAGAUUUCUCUUAUCUUGAAGACAUCACAGCCGGCCCGAUUUAUCUCUCAUUCCGCAAAUCCAGUGAUGAAGGCUUUAAGAUUGAUUCGUUUUUCAUUGCGGUCGAAGCAGAUCGCGAGUUUGAGCUCUGGAAUUCUCCCCUCGUAAGUUUCUCUAACGUCACAUUCGCGGCAAGCUACAUUCGAGGGUCUGGCAUGCACAUUGGCUUUGGUAUCUCGUUGGCAGUUGGAAGCUACCAGCUGAUGGGAAAUCUUUCGUACGAUUGCGCGUACCAUGAUUCGACCAUUACAGACGAGUCACAAAAAGUAGAUGGCACACCCACAAAAGACCUAACGGCUUACACCGCCAAAGUACGAUUUGAAGGGGAGCUAUCUCUGCAUGAAAUUCUUUCCAAGAUGACUGGGGUCAAUAUCAAAGACGUUCUACAUCAAACACAACUAGACAGCAUAACCAAAUACACCGACAUUACUAUACACACAGUGGAUCUCAGGUUGUCAAAAACCACGUCUACUUGGGCAAUAAAGUUGGCCGCUGAUCUCGAGUGGCUUGCUUUCAACAAAAUCAGCUUGGAAGCAUACCGAGCAGAAUCCUGGGCAUUCAACUUGCGACUCGAGUGCAAGGAUGGUCCUCUCAACAUUCUCCCUGACUCGUGGGCGUCUGAUGUUAGACAAUAUGUCGACUUUGGUGACACAAAGAUCUAUCUCUUUUAUGGUUCGAUGAAAGACAGUCUCGGAAAUCAGCAAUUGUCACUUGACAAGAAUUCUAUGGGCAUGUUACAGUCCAAAGGAGGAGUUGCCAUUGCAACCACUCUUAAAUUCGGUUCUAAGCUUGACUUGUUCAAAGAAUGGCUCAAAGUGGAAGACAUUAAAGUCUUUGGAGCCGCUGGCCCUGAAUUCUUUAUAUUGGGUGUUGAGUUGAAAAGAUUAACCUUAUUCCAAGACGAAAGCCUUUCCAUUGUUGGUCGAUUCCUUCUGUUUUAUAAUUCCGGAGGGAUUGCAAUCGGCCUUGAAGGGGAAUUUGGCCUGAAUCUUCCUGCCAUAUCCAACACUACCAUCGCUGGCACUGUCGAAGCCGGGAUUGACCUUUCGAAUGGCAGAUUGGCACUGGGAUUCACAACCCAGGAUAAUUUAAAAAACCUUUGCAAAGUUCAAGGUCUCGAUUUGGAUGCUAUUGUUAUCAGACUCUGGCUUGAUCCCGCGGCUGAAAUGAUACCUACCCGGUUUGAUCUUCACGGCGGUAUCAGGAUUCAAGGCAUCAACAAUGUUUCUGGCCAAUUCAUUGCCAAAGAUCCCCUCGAUUGCUAUAUUGAAGGCGAAAUAAAAAAUCUCAACCUCAUGAGUCUUCUCGGCAAAUUCGCAGCUGCGCUUGAUUUGCCCGAGGCAAUCCAGUCCUUCUUAAACAAUAACGGCAUAAAUCUCCAAUAUCUCGCAAUCCAGCUAGUACCGAAGGAUAUGGUUGACGUGACCAAUGGAAAGAUUCUGAGAAGAAGAUUCUAUUUUGAAGGCACACUCUCAUUAGUCAUAAACGGCGAUCCAAUUUGGGCCGGCUACACUUUAAUCGAUAUCAACGAUUCUGGCUUUGAGAUCAUCGCAUUGAUGGAGCCAAUUCAACUUGUUCAUGAGGACGUAUUCAGUUUGAAGCGGUUCCAAGACCCAAGUACCGCUCAGUACAAAUUGGAGUUGCCCAAAGUUAACCCGGACUAUCUUACUCCACGCAUGCUCAACGAAGGACCCGUCCUGAAGUUUGCAUCAAAAGGGCCAGACCCAGUUUUUGUUUCUGCGCAGCUCGCCUUCCUCGGUACAUAUCACACAUUGUAUGCUGUUGCGAAAGAGAGUGGCUUCUUCGCAACAUUCAAAAGUAAAGCCCCUAUUGGAAGCUUUGAGUUGACUGUCAAUCUUGUGCUAAAUUCGAAUAUCGAUGUUGUGUCUAUCCUCAUGCUCGAUCUUGGUGAACAAUUCCUUCAAAUUUCGGGCGCCCUGGGUUUGCUUGAUGGAGCAUUGGAUCCAAAAUCGUUUAAAAAAGCUUCUGAAUCGAGUACAUCUGUCAGCUUUUCUGGGACUUUGAAGAUUGGAAUAGCAUGGGCGGCCGGAAGAGAUCCUCUUUCCGUAGAAUUAUUUGGAAAGGUUCACGCCUUUGAUCAUGAUUGGGAUCUUGGGAGCAUUAGUGUGAAAAUCACAGAAGACGAUCUACGCACCCUACAAAACUUGGCCAGUCGGCUUUGGGAGUACAUAAAGAACGAGUUCAGUAACCUCGUCAUGGGCUGGAUCCGCGAUGCUGAAACUGCAGUCAAAACAGCCAUCGCAUUCAUCGAAGACAACUGGAAACUAGUUGAGCAAGAUCUGGCAAGACUAGUUGCCGAUUUGAAGGAUCUUCCCGUCGCGAGCGUCGUUGAGCCUGUGUUGAGAGAAUUGCAGACGACUUAUGAAGAUGCCAGAAGGGUCUAUGAAGAUUUGGGCUUCCAAACGUUUAUGGCGAUUAAAUUACUGAUACCCAUCUACGGCGAGAACCCGCCACCUGACCGCAGACCGGAUAAUCUGCCUGAUGUGCCUGAAGACAUUCUCGAUUUACCCAAACCCCCAGGACCCAGCGGCCCAAUGGGAAUUCCCAUAUCGUCAGACUUGCUUCGCGGGCUUCCUGGGUUUGAAAACCCUCCACAAAAGCCUACACCCGCUCCCGAGCCAGUACCGGUUCCUGCAACACCCGCUACAAAUCCCUUCGCAGAUAUUCCCAUCAGUUUCCCAUUCUCUACUCAAAAACCUGCAUCUGGAUCCGGAGAUAUUUUCAAAGGUUUCAUCAACGGAUUCGGAAUUUCAAACAACGUUUCUGAAGAUGUCUUGGCUGCAGCCGAAGCUGAAGAAGAAUCAAUAACCCUGGAAGCGGCACCCGAAGAUGUCCAUACUCCUUUGCAACAAGCUUCGGGCGUACCCCUUAAUGCCGUACCGCAACCCAAUGUAAUUGUGGCUCGGUUGCCGACCUGGUAUACCAAUGAGAUUGAGCAAUACCUGGAGUCUACAAUUACGCAGUCUAAUUCAAGCUUGAGCCACGCGGAAGCAGCGCCUGUCCACAACGUGAUUCGCCAAAUCGCAAGCUUUAGCAAAGGAGAAGUCGUCAAUAUUGCCAAAAGCUUGCGACUUUCUGGAUUUUCUGAUGCGGAUAUUCAAAAAGCUUAUCAAGACUCGUUUGGUCAGGACAUGCCACCCCAAGUACUUGCGCGUGUUUAA